ACUCUCAGGAAAAUUGCAAAUAUUAAUGGCCAGACAUUCAAUGGGACCAAUUGGGCAGUAUUAGUAGCAGGGUCGUAUAAAUGGGAAAACUACAGACACCAGGCCGAUGUCUAUCACGCCUACCAAUUGGUUAAGAGUCGGGGCAUUCCUGACAGCAAUAUAAUUGUCAUGCAUUACGACGACAUCGCAUACAAUGUGAAUAACACGAACCCAGGAAUUGUCAUUAACGAACCCAAUGGUCCCAAUGUAUACCAAGGAGUGCCCAAACAUUAUACAGGAGAUGAUGUCACACCGACGAACUUCUUGGGUGUUAUAAAAGGCGAUCAAACGUUGACUCAAAGCGGGAAAAAAGUGCUUCAAAGCGGACCAAAUGAUAACGUGUUUAUAUACUUAGCAGAUCACGGCGGACCUGAUAUAAUCGGGUUUCCACACGACUACCUUUACGGCGAGGACCUGAACGCUGCCCUUCAAUACAUGUAUGACAAUCAAAUGUAUUCACAGCUUGUCUUUUACAUCGAAGCGUGUGAAUCGGGUUCAAUGUUUGAUCAAUUAUUGCCCAAUAAUAUAAACGUAUACGCUAACACUGGGGCCAAUCCGACCCAAUCUAGUUAUGCGUGUUACUACGAUGAGGAUAUAAACAAUUUCAUUGGUUCUGAAUUUACUGCAAGUUGGAUGCAAUACAGUGAAGCUAAUAAUUUGGCCCAGAUGACGCUUCAGAAUCAAUAUGAAACUGUUAAGAAACUCACCACUGAUUCUAAUGUAAUGCAAUAUGGUAAUAUCACCAUAAGCAAUCAAAUCAUUUCACUGUUCAUGGGUUCGACCCAACCGUCCAGUUAUGGUGCAAACCCAGGCAAUGAUAUCGAUGCUGUCGAUGCCCGCGACACUCACAUACAUGCUCUCAAUCGCACACUUCAGACCUCCACUAAUAGUACUGAACGAGAUAUAUUGGUUAAGAAAUUGGAGAUCUACCUAGUGGCCCGUGAGUUCCUGAUAAUGCACCUGGUUAAAAUUGUUACUGAGGUUAAAGAUUUGUUGGAAUUGGAGACAAUCGAAGACAUUUUGAAUAGCAAACAGAGCCUGAGCUCAGAUAACACGGGCUGUUAUCGCACUCUUGUCGACGGCUUUCAUGCAAACUGUUUUGAUUUGACUGAAAAUCCCUAUGUUUUCGCUAAACUGAAUGUUUUGGUGAAUAUAUGCGAACUAAAGCCAGAGUUGGCUGAAGAAGUAUCUCAGCAUAUUAAUGGCCAGACAUUCAAUGGGGCCAAUUGGGCAGUAUUAGUAGCAGGGUCGUAUAAAUGGGAAAACUACAGACACCAGGCCGAUGUCUAUCACGCCUACCAAUUGGUUAAGAGUCGGGGCAUUCCUGACAGCAAUAUAAUUGUCAUGCAUUACGACGACAUCGCAUAUAAUGAUAAUAACCCGAACCCAGGAGUUGUCAUUAAUCAACCCAAUGGACCCAAUGUAUACCAAGGAGUGCCCAAACAUUACACAGGAGAUGAUGUCACACCGAAGAACUUCUUGGGUGUUAUAAAAGGCGAUCAAACGUUGGCUCAAACCGGGAAGAAAGUGCUUCAAAGCGGACCAAAUGAUAACGUGUUUAUAUACUUCGCAGAUCACGGCGGGCCUGAUAUAAUCGCAUUUCCACACGACUACCUGUACGGCGAGGACCUGAACGCUGCCCUUCAAUACAUGUAUAACAACCAAAUGUAUUCACAGCUUGUCUUUUACAUCGAAGCGUGUGAAUCGGGCUCAAUGUUUGAUCAAUUAUUGCCCAAUAAUAUCAACGUUUAUGCCAACACUGCGGCCGAUCCAACACAAUCUAGUUAUUCGUGUUAUUACGAUCAGAAUAUAAACAAUUUCCUUGCUGAUGAAUUUAGUGCAAACUGGAUGCAAAACAGCGAAGCUAAUAAUUUGGCCCAGAUGACAUUUCAGAAUCAAUACCAAACUGUUAAGAAACUCACCACUGAUUCUAAUGUAAUGCAAUAUGGUAAUAUCACCAUAAGCAAUCAAAUCAUUUCACUGUUCAUGGGUUCGACCCAACCGUCCAGUUAUGGUGCAAACCCAGACAAUGAUAUCGAUGCUGUCGAUGCCCGCGACACUCACAUACAUGCUCUCAAUCGCACACUUCAGACCUCUAAUAAUAGUACUGAACGGGAGAUAUUGGUUAAGAGAUUGGAGAUCUACCUAGUGGCCCGUGAGUUCCUGAUAAUGCACCUGGUUAAAAUUGUUACUGAGGUUAAAGAUUUGUUGGAAUUGGAGACAAUCGAAGACAUUUUGAAUAACAAACAGAGCCUGAGCUCAGAUAACACGGGCUGUUAUCGCACUCUUGUCGACGUUAAGAGUCGGGGCAUUCCUGACAGCAAUAUAAUUGUCAUGCAUUACGACGACAUCGCAUAUAAUGUGAAUAACACGAACCCAGGAGUUGUCAUUAACGAACCCAAUGGACCCAAUGUAUACCAAGGAGUUCCUAAACAUUAUACUGGAAGUGAUGUCACAUCAGAAAACUUCUUAAGUGUUAUAAAAGGCGAUCAAACUUUGGCUGAAAGUGGGAAAAAAGUGCUUCAAAGCGGACCAAAUGAUAACGUGUUUAUAUAUUUUGCAGAUCACGGGGGACCUGAUUUAAUUGCCUUUCCUAAUGAUUACUUAUACGCCAAUGACUUGAACGCCGCACUUCAAUACAUGGACGACAACCAAAUGUAUUCACAGCUUGUGUUUUACAUCGAAGCGUGUGAAUCGGGUUCAAUGUUUAAUCAAUUAUUGUCUAAUAAAAUAAACAUUUACGCUAACACUGCGGCCAAUUCAACACAAUCUAGUUAUUCGUGUUAUUACGAUAAUGAUUUAAAAACUUACCUUGCUGAUAGAUUUAGUGCAAGUUGGAUGCAAAAUAGUAAACUAGCCACGGUCACACUUCAUCAACAGUAUGAAACCGUUAAGAAUGACACGACUGAAUCUCAUGUAAUGCAAUAUGGUAAUAAGGGUUAUCAACCAAUUUCAUUGUUCCUGGUAUUGAAUUGCGAAUCAAUUCUCAAAUUAACCCAGCUUGUUUUGCAACGAAUAGGCUCAGACCAACCGUACACUCAAUCAUACCAACCGUCUUAUUUCGCAUUAAAGGAUCUUGAUGCCGUAGAUUCCCGUGAUGUGCACAUACAUAUUCUCGAACGUAAGAUUCAGAUGACCACAGAUAGCGCUGAACGGGAAAUAUUGUCUGAAAAAUUGAACAUGCUUCUGGAUGCCCGAAAUGUGCUAAUAUCUCAUUUCGCUUCAAUCAUUGAUGAGAUUAAAGACUUGUUGGAAUUGGAGGCCAACAACGAUGACAUUUUGAAUAUCAAACAGAACUUACAUCCAAAUAACAUGCAAUGUUAUCGCACUCUUGUCGAUGGUUUCCAUCAACAUUGUUUCAAUCUGCAUGAUAAUCCGUAUGUUUUCGCUAAACUUCAUAUGAAGUGCUUAUUAUUGCUAUCUCUUCUAUGUGUGGCCAUUAAUGCCAUAGAAUUUGAACCUAAUGUUAACGGCACAACUUGGGUUGUAUUAGUAGCUGGGUCAAAUGGCUGGUAUAAUUAUAGGCAUCAGGCCGAUGUAUAUCAUGCCUAUCAAGUGGUCCGAAACCACGGAAUCGACGAGAAAAACAUAAUUGUCUUCCAUUCGGACGAUUUGGCCCACAAUUCACUUAAU